AUGUCGAUGCCCUCCCUCCAAUCCUCCACCAUUUACUCUCCUUUUUCGUCUCAAUCCAAACGAAUGACACAAUCCCAGACUCCGGGACUGGAUACGCUUGCAGAGGGGUCGCAGUAUGCGCUGGAGCAGCUCCAGUUAGCUCGUGAAGCCGGUGCAGCUUCCAACGCCCCGACCGACCCCAGCAACUCUCUCACCGACUCCAAGACGUCGCAGCACUCUCAGCACAUCCUCUAUAGCGAACAAAACGGUUCCAAUUCAGGUCUUAAGGAUCCAGAACGGCGCGAUUCCCUUGCCGAGGCGCGCUCUGCAAUUCGCAAAAAUUCCUCUGCAACCCCGGUCCGUCGGAGAAUCAGCCGGGCCUGCGACCAGUGCAACCAAUUGCGAACCAAGUGUGAUGGACAAAACCCCUGUGCGCAUUGUGUUGAGUUCGGACUCAGCUGUGAGUACGCCCGUGAGCGCAAGAAGCGCGGCAAAGCGUCCAAAAAAGACAUAGCUGCCAGCGUCAUUACCGACAGCGACGUCGGUGGCAACGAAAACAUGGCGCAUACCAAGAGACAAUCCUCGAAUGGACAAUCUAUGCACGAAUCAAAUGAAAAUUACGACCCUGCCUUCGACGCCGCGCGCACUUUGGCCGAAGGCGCACAAUCCCGAUCGCACAACGGGGAGCAGAUGGGUCCCAACAUGGCUGGCAUGCCAUUUCCCAAUUAUGCAGGGAUGCAUGAAGCUCACCGACCGUCGAUGUCCGUUCCCGAUAUGCGCUCCAUACAGAUCAUGCAAAACGCGACUGGGAAUCCUCGAUCUCCUGGGUCAAUGCUCCAAUCUCAGGGGUAUGGCACAGGUUACCACGAUGGUGCAUAUCCUUUGAUGAAUUCACAAGAUGCAAAUCCGACUUCGAUGAAUCAGUUUCGCCUUGGCAAUCCGACCGACAACCCAACCGCCUCUUUUAUGGGUUUCUCUCCCCCAGCGCAGUCACCAAGCUGGUUGCCAUUGCCGUCCCCUUCACCAGCUAAUUUCCCCUCCUUCAGCAUGCCUCCAUUCUCCAGUCCAUUGAGAUACCCCGUUUUGCAACCCGUCCUACCACACAUUGUCUCUAUCAUCCCUCAAUCUCUCGCCUGUGAUCUCCUCGACGUCUAUUUCACCAGCUCUUCUUCCUCGCGUCUUUCUCCAUCGUCGCCGUAUGUGGUUGGUUACGUCUUCCGCAAGCAAUCGUUUUUACAUCCCACGAAGCCGCGACCGUGCAGUCCUGGCCUCCUUGCCAGUAUGUUGUGGGUCGCUGCGCAAACGAGCGAGGCUGCAUUCUUGACAUCGCCCCCGUCAGCCCGAGGCCGAGUCUGCCAGAAGCUAUUGGAGCUGACGAUUGGUCUGCUCCGGCCAUUGAUUCAUGGGCCUGCCACUGGGGAAGCAUCACCCAAUUACCCAGCGAACAUGGUGAUUAACGGGGUCGCUCUCGGUGGCUUCGGGGUCUCUAUGGAUCAAUUGGGUGCUCAGAGCAGUGCCACUGGUGCGGUUGAUGACGUUGCGACGUAUGUUCACUUGGCGACUGUCGUCUCCGCUAGCGAAUAUAAGGCUGCAAGUAUGCGAUGGUGGACAGCUGCCUGGUCUCUUGCGCGGGAGCUCAAACUCGGCCGUGAAUUACCGCCAAACACGACAGCUCGUCAAGAUGGCGAAAUGGAUGGCGAUGGGGACAUUGACGUGAAUGGCAACAACAGGCAACCAUCUUCCUUAAUGGGCCACGGCCCCGGAAAUACUGUGGUAAAUCUCACAGAGGAAGAACGCGAGGAGCGCCGUCGGAUCUGGUGGCUUCUGUAUGCCACCGAUCGUCAUCUGGCGCUCUGUUACAACCGCCCAUUAACGCUACUGGACAAAGAGUGCGAGAGCUUGUUACAACCGAUGAACGAUGAUAUAUGGCAAGCGGGCGACUUUUCGUCUGUCAAUUACCGCCGUGCCGGCCCUUCUUAUGAAUGCACUGGGCAUAGCAUGUUUGGAUACUUCUUACCGUUGAUGUCCAUUCUGGGCGAGAUCGUGGAUCUGCAGCAUGCCCGAAAUCAUCCACGCUUCGGUCUUUAUUUCCGCAACAGCGGCGAAUGGGAAAGCCAAGCCAUGGAAAUCACCCGACAACUCGAUAUCUACGCUCAGAGCUUGAAAGAAUUCGAGGCUCGCUAUACAAACUCUCUCGCACUGGCUGGGGAGCCCGACACCGCCAUGGAAAACUCCAAUCUCAACCACGUCAGUCCGUCCGGUCGGUCGAGCAGCACGGUCGGAUCCCACGUUAGCGAGUCUAUCGUCCAUACGAAGAUGGUGGUCGCCUAUGGCACCCACAUCAUGCAUGUUCUCCACAUACUUCUGGCUGGAAAGUGGGACCCAAUCAACCUGCUUGAUGACAAUGAUCUCUGGAUCUCCUCGGACUCAUUCAUCUCCGCCAUGGGUCAUGCAGUCAGCUCCGCUGAGGCGGCCUCAGAUAUCUUAGAAUACGACCCAGAUCUGAGUUUCAUGCCGUUCUUCUUCGGUAUAUACCUUCUCCAAGGUAGCUUCUUGCUGCUCUUGACUGCAGAUAAGUUACAAGGAGAUGCUAGCCCCAGUGUUGUUCGGGCGUGCGAAACAAUCGUACGAGCCCAUGAGGCUUGUGUCGUUACUUUGAACACUGAAUACCAGCGAACGUUCCGAAAAGUGAUGCGCUCGGCUCUGGCCCAAGUCCGCGGCCGUGUUCCUGAAGACUUUGGCGAGCAGCAACAACGCAGGCGUGAGGUGCUAGCCCUUUACCGCUGGAGCGGCGAUGGCAGCGGUCUCGCACUCUAG